GGCUGACCCCGGCCCGGAAAGCUACAGUUAUGAAGAUCCCUACUCCCACAACCCCCAGGCAGGUCCGCGAAUUUCUGGGUACUGCCGGAUUCUGCAGGCUCUGGAUUCCUGGGUUUGCUUCCCUGGCUGCACCCUUGUACCCCCUGACAAGGGAAAACAUUCCUUUUACCUGGACUGAGGAGCAUCAAAAGGCUUUUGACCACAUAAAAAAAGCCUUGCUGUCUGCCCCCGCCUUGGCUCUCCCAGACCUCACCAAACCAUUUACUCUAUACGUAGAUGAAAGAGCCGGUGUAGCCCGAGGAGUGCUUACUCAGACCCUAGGACCAUGGCGACGGCCAGUAGCUUAUCUAUCAAAAAAACUGGAUCCAGUGGCCAGUGGGUGGCCAACCUGCCUAAAAGCGGUUGCUGCAGUGGCACUCCUCCUCAAAGACGCUGAUAAGUUAACCUUGGGGCAAAAUGUGACUGUGAUUGCUUCCCACAGCCUCGAAAGUAUUGUGCGGCAGCCCCCCAAUCGGUGGAUGACCAAUGCCAGAAUGACUCAUUACCAGAGUUUGCUGCUAAACGAAAGGAUAUCUUUCGCGCCCCCUGCUGUCCUGAACCCAGCUACCCUACUACCAGUCGAGUCAGAAUCCACCCCAGUACACCAAUGCUCAGAAAUCCUUGCUGAAGAAGCUGGGACUCGACGGGACCUGAAGGACCAGCCAUUGCCCGGAGUGCCUGCCUGGUAUACAGACGGUAGCAGCUUCAUUGUGGAAGGUAAGCGGAGAGCAGGGGCCGCCAUCGUAGAUGGCAAACGGACGGUAUGGGCAAGCAGCCUGCCAGAAGGGACAUCAGCCCAGAAGGCCGAGCUAAUCGCCUUGACGCAGGCAUUACGCCUAGCCGAAGGAAAAAACAUCAACAUCUACACGGACAGCAGGUCGCCAUUAUCCACUGCCCGGGCCACCAGAGAGGAAAUAACCCUGUGGCGGCCGGGAACCGGAGGGCCGACGAGGCUGCAAAACAAGCCGCCCUGUCGGUCAGGGUGCUAGCAGAAACUAUAAAGCUUCAAGAGCCAAUCGAGCCUGCUCAAGCUAAGACCAGGCCAGGAGAGCUCACUCCUGACCAGGGAAAGGAAUUCAUUCAGCGGUUACACCAGCUAACACACUUAGGACCAGAAAAGCUCCUUCAACUGGCAAGCCGCACCAGCCUCUCCAUCCCGAACCUCCGGUCCACUGUUCAAGAAGUCGCCAAUCGGUGUCCAGCUUGCGCCAUGACUAAUGCGACUACCACCUACCGAGAGACCGGAAAAAGACAACGGGGAGAUCGACCCGGCGUAUACUGGGAAGUAGACUUUACAGAGGUAAAGCCUGGCCGGUAUGGGAACAGGUAUCUGCUAGUAUUUGUAGAUACUUUCUCUGGAUGGGUAGAAGCUUUCCCUACCAAAACUGAAACGGCCCUGACUGUAUGUAAAAAGAUACUAGAAGAAAUCCUGCCCCGUUUCGGGAUCCCUAAGGUGAUCGGGUCAGAUAAUGGCCCAGCCUUUGUUGCUCAGGUAAGCCAGGGACUGGCCACACAACUGGGAAUAAAUUGGAAAUUACAUUGUGCGUAUAGGCCCCAGAGCUCAGGUCAAGUAGAGAGAAUGAAUAGAACCAUCAAAGAGACCUUAACUAAAUUGGCCUUAGAGACCGGUGGAAAAGACUGGGUGGCCCUCCUUCCCUUAGCGCUGUUCAGAGCCAGGAAUACCCCUGGCCAGCUUGGUCUGACCCCUUAUGAAAUCCUCCACGGGGGACCCCCCCCCAUACUUGAGUUGGGAGGAACACUGGGUCCCGAUGAUAACUUUCUUCCUGUCUUAUUUACUCACUUAAAGGCUUUAGAAGUUGUAAAAACCCAGAUCUGGGACCAGAUCAAGGAGGUAUACGAGCCAGGUGCCGUGGCCAUCCCUCAUCCGUUCCAGGUCGGAGACCAAGUGCUGGUCAGACGCCAUCGACCCAGCAACCUUGAGCCUCGGUGGAAAGGCCCGUAUCUGGUAUUGCUGACCACCCCGACCGCAGUAAAAGUUGAUGGCAUUGCAGCCUGGGUACAUGCUUCUCACCUCAAGCCUGCGCCACCCUCCGUACCAGAUGAAUCCUGGGAGCUGGAGAGGACUGAUAAUCCUCUUAAGUUGCGCAUUCGGCGGCGGCGGAGCAAGCCUACCAAGUAAUAACCCUAACCAGCCCAACACCCUCACCUGGCAGGUACUGUCCCAAACUGGAAAGGUUGUCUGGUUCAAGACAGAAGUCCACCCCCUUUGGACUUGGUGGCCCUCCCUUACCCCUGAUAUAUGUGCCCUGGCGGCGGGUCUCGAGGCUUGGGAUAUUCCAGAAAUUGAUGCACCGGCCUCUAAAAGAGUCAGGCCUCCUGACUCAAACUAUGAAAAUGCUUAUAACCAGAUCAAAUAACUCCCCUUGGUUGACCACCCUACUGUCAACCAUCGCCGGGCCCCUAUUACUCCUCCUUCUGUUGUUCACCCUUGGGCCCUACGUCAUCAAUAGACUAGUCCAAUUCAUCAAUGAUAGGGUAAGUGCAGUUAAAAUUCUGGUCCUUAGACAAAAAUACCAAACCUUAGAUGACGAAGAUAACCUUUAAUUCCGCUCUAAGAUUAGAGCGAUCCACAAGAAAAAAUGGGGGAAUGAAGGAAGUGUUUUUCUUUUUUCUUUUCAAGCUAGCCGCAGUAUAGGGAAAAUACAGCCAAAAAGUCAAGUUAAGAAACAAGGGGAACAGAGUCAAACAGGAUAUCUGUGGUUAUGCACCUGGGCCCCGGCCCGAGGCAAAGGGCGGAUAGUUCCCAGAAAUAGACAAGUCAGUUAAAGUUUCAAGAGUGCCCCUCAGCUGUUUCAAGGACUCCCACUUGACCGAAGUUCACCCCUGGCUUGAUUUAAACUAACCAAUUACCUUGCUUCUCGCUUCUGUACCCGCGCUUUUUGCUAUAAAAAGGACCUAGGAGCUCUACUCGGCGCGCCAGUCUUUCGAAAGACUGAGUCGCCCGGGUACCUGUGUGUUCAAUAAACCUCUUGUUUUUGCAUCCGAA